CGCUCCGCGUGACGUCACUACCGGGAUAUCCGAAAGCGCGCCGCUUCACCCGCCGCCAUUUCUGCUGCCCCCCUCUGCUGUGUUCUCUUCCAGCCAGGUAGGCUGCCGCCAUCCGUCGUCAUCCUUGCCGCGGGGACCCUUGGUGAUAUUAAGUAUGGCUGCACACGAGGAACCCCAAGUACAGUUCAAGUUGGUGCUGGUAGGAGAUGGAGGCACCGGCAAGACCACAUUUGUGAAACGCCACCUCACGGGAGAGUUUGAGAAGAAGUAUGUUGCUACACUGGGCGUGGAGGUGCAUCCCCUGGUGUUUCAUACCAACCGUGGCGCUAUCAAAUUCAACGUGUGGGACACAGCCGGCCAAGAGAAGUUUGGUGGCCUGCGUGACGGUUACUACAUCCAGGGUCAGUGCGCCAUCAUCAUGUUCGACGUGACGUCACGUGUGACGUACAAGAACGUGCCGAACUGGCACCGUGACUUGGUGCGGGUUUGUGAGAAUAUCCCCAUCGUCCUGUGCGGCAACAAGGUGGACAUCAAGGACCGUAAAGUAAAGGCCAAGGCCAUUGUCUUCCACCGCAAGAAAAACCUACAGUAUUAUGACAUCUCGGCCAAGAGCAACUACAACUUUGAGAAGCCGUUCCUGUGGCUGGCACGCAAGCUUAUCGGAGACCCCAACCUGGAGUUUGUGGCCAUGCCUGCGCUGGCCCCACCGGAGGUGCAGAUGGACCCCCAGCUGGUGGCACAGUACGAGGAAGACCUCAAGGUUGCCCAGGCGACCGCUUUGCCCGACGAAGAAGAUGACCUGUGACCUCCGUGUGCAUCACCACCGGCAAGCUCGUCUCGCGCGUGCGGUCUAGUUCUAUAGGCGGCAGCAUCCCGGCCUCUCCUCCACUGCAGCUGGUUCAUGCCCACCACACGACACGGCGUCUAUCCCAUGAGCGUUGAAACUCCCCUUCCUUACAAAAGCAACGAACUAUAGUUUCAGCUUUCAGAAUGCAUGAAACAUGCUCCCCGCCAACAGGCGUGGUAUUUGCUUAAUAAUUUUAACAUAUUUGCAAGGUUCGGGUAUUUAAAAUCUGUUGGAAACAUGACUAGCAACAGCCCUGAGUAAACGCGGAAGCUGUAGUACUUGUAGAGCAUUGCGAAUUAUCGAUUAUCCACUGUAACAAUUUGCUCAAUGUGAGAUUAUUUUAUGUUGUAGACGGAUUCUGGAUAAGUGUUGUAUGCGUCAUGUGGUUCAUUUCUCAAGUUAUUAAACUCUUACCUUUAACAGUCCAACAUUUUUUGUUUGUCUAGGCAAGGUGCAAAAAUGCCUUAAAUGUAUGGGGGGGAAAGUUCAAUGUUUAAAUUCCAAACGAAGAGGUAAUUUUCUGCCCUGGGCUAUAUAUCCUGAGUGGAUUGUGGCAAUAAUAUUAAACUUGCUUCCUGAAAGACUUGUUUAAAUAGUAGACUGAAAAAGUUAAUACAUUUAGUUGCCACAAAGUGCCAUUUACACGGUUUGUGUAAAGCUCUUGGAAUUGCACCUCGGUUAAUCCGGGUGACUGUUUUAAAGCAAGCCUGUGUUAUCUGUUGGACUGAGCAGCAUAUAUGGCCCAAAUUUGGUAAAACUGGUCAUUGGAACAUGCACCUCAUAGCCAGUUUGUUUUUGUUAUAUUUGUUUGGGAGUGUUUUGUAUCAACUUGGUUUGCUCUGCGAAUAAAAAUGCUGUGGAAUAAA